AUGCCGGAGGUUGACGAUGGUUUCCAACCUGAUGUUGACAAGUCAAUGCAGCAUCUCAUCCAUCAGGAAAAGGAAAUCUUCCAACUCGGCCCGGCUCAGGACUAUGACGAAACCCUCGCCACGGCAGAGUCUUCUGCGCAGAUGCCCUGGAUUUGGUUCUUGGUGUUCCCGGGCAGCUGCAGCUUGGCGUCUGGAACUUUGUCUAGCCAGUCCAUCUUCGUGGAGACUCUGGCAGAAGUUGGAGUGUUCCAUUCCGUUUGCGAGAACUUCGCCUACGGGUGUGCUUUGGCUUCGCCUUGGCUGCAUGUUCUGACAUCUGUCUUCGGAGUGCAGCUCUCAGUUUUGCAGAUGGUUGCGUUGCACUCCCCAGUCUUGGCGCAGGCUCCCUAUGGAGAGCUGCUAUUUGGCCAUAAGUCUGAUGGCAAGAUGCUGGUGAAGAUCAACGUUGUGGGCAGUGCAGUCGCCGGUCUUCUCCUGGCUCCUCUGGCUGGAAUGCUUGCGGACGGCUUUGGCCUAGAGGCCUUCACCGUUCUUCUCGCAGCCUCGGCGUUGGUGGCCGCGGUCACCGUGGGCAUCGCAUCCUGGCCAGCUCAAGCUCUGUGUACGUCAUCUGCAGUUCUGUUUACAAGCUGCUUGUCAAUCUACGUCUGGCGAUACACACUUCUGUACUCGCCGCCCAGUCGCUUUGGUACUGUUCAGGGCAUCUUUUCAACAGCCCUAAUCAUCGUCAGUACACUGCUGUCGGUUGCUGGAAUGGCCGCCAUCUCCUUACGGCCUCCAGGCCUGAACGAGUAUCGAGUCUCGAUGCUCGCCUGUGGGCUGAUGGGUGCGGUUCUUAUGGCACACUAUGUCGCAUAUAUCAGGCGCUACCCGCCACCAGACUGUCCUACCAUGUUGCCCGAGGACGAGGCCAUGCUGGCAAAGAGCUUUGGAUGCGGAAACUUGGAUGAGGUUUGUGAAGUGACUCGAGUGCGAAGAAAGUCCAUCCUCAUCAAAAAGAUGGGCUCGAACCGCUCGGAGGACUUGCUCAGCCUCCUCGCGGGCAUGGACGUUCACAAGUUGAUGGAGCUGGGAAGUUGUAAAGCUUUGAACCUGGGUGGUCCGAACCAGGCGAAGCGGCCGGUUGAAGACAUCGCUGCAAUGAUGGAAGAGGAGGAUUCUGUUUUUCAACAGGAAGUGGAGGAGAAGCACCCCGGGCCUGAAGCGUUGGUGGCAGAGUCCAGCAGCGUAGCGGAGCCGCAGGCGGGCGUCCGGGAUCGAGCGCGGUACCUGGCCAGGCUCGUGGCCGCUGCUGAUGCUCAGGCCGUAAGAGAAUUCUUGCUGACGGAGCCGCUGGAAGAUAUAUGGCGAGUGUGGCUUGACUUUGAGAAGUGGCAAGCGCCGCCCGAGCGCAGAAAGAUGGACAAGGACUUCAACAACGUCAUUCCGAGCAAGGACCUAGCCGACAUCCUUCGUCGGCGUCCAGACCUCAAGACGUUCGUGCAGAGCGUCAUUGUACAAGCCGUGGAGAGAAAGAUCGCGCUGCUCGCCUGGACUCCGCGAGGUCAAUUCUCGAGAGCCCUCGGACUCUGUGCGCCAAGGACUCUGCGAGGCAAACCGAAGUGA